AUGAGCCAAGACCCCUCACUCGUAGAGUCUCCCCCUGAUGUGAGCGGCGACGCAGGUCAGUUACGCACCGUACCCCUCUUGCUUCCCUCGCAAUUGUUUUUAGAGGCUUUGAGCUGCGGAGAUGCACGUAGAAUACGCCAAGAGCUCGUAGGGUGCCCCUACACAAAGUGCACCUGGUGUGAUUCCGAUAAGAACACACUGCUGCAUUACGCGGCCGCUUUAGACGCGCCUGAGUGCUUAAUAGAACUCCUGCAGUCACGGGUCGACUUCACCUUCUCGCGGAACGCACAGGGUCAGACGCCCCUCCACGUCGCUUCACGGUGUGCUCGUACCAUCAUUUUCGUUCUGCUGCUGGUGACCAAGUACGGCGCGACAACGGCGCUGGACAAUCAAGGAAACACUUUUGUGCACAUCCUGCUUGCCAACACGCUGAUCCAGGAAGAUCAACUCGUGCUCGUCAUGGAGUCGCUGUUGGCGCGGAGCAGCGUUGCAAACCUUGUCAAUGCCGCUAACGGCGACGGCUGCACCUUGUACGAUGUUGCUUUCCGGUGGCAUCGGAGGAACGCGUCUCUGCUCCAGCUGCUAAUGCGUCACGACGCUGUUUCCGGCGCUUUGCUCAUCAACGACGAAGUAGAAACGAUCACUGCGGCGGAGAGGGAAGAGCGCGAGGAAGUGCAGAUGCAGCAAGAACAUGCAUAUGCGCAAAUAGACAUUGCUGCGCAGGCACAUGGCGAGAUGAUUCGCAGCCACCGGCACCAGCGCAGAAAGCUGGCGGAAAAGGAGAAAAGAAAACGAUCUGCUUUGCUCGACAAGGAAAGCGUGGCCGCUCAAAAUUUGUGGAAGAAAGCAGCAGAUGACUGCCGACGGGUUGCUGAACGGCAGGCUGCAGAGGAGCACAGCGCGCUAAUUCUGCAGCGCAUUGGCACCGGUUUUGCGUCUCGGCGCGCGCUUUAUCGUUUGACGGUGCAACGCCGAGAAGAAUGCGCCGCAGCUCAGAAAGACACCGCACGACCAACAGCAGCAGAACAAGAUGAAGCCGUGCGGAUCGCCUUUACGCGACACGUGGAGGCAGCGAGGGAAAGUGCAGCGGAGCAAGAGGCAGUGCCAAUAAGAACUGCUGCGGAGCGGGAAGCGCAAAAUAUGAGGAAGGGCGACGUGAAUGCGCCACAAAAUCGCUUCAAGACGGAGGGUAGAAAAGAAAGUGAGGCCGCAGAGCCGUGCCAUUCGGCGUCGUCCUCAGGAGCUGUUGCGCUUCAGAUUUCACAGCUUCCAGAAAAGCUUCUUGUGUAUAUCCAAUCUGUGGUGCGCAUGCGCAGGCAGAGACGCAUGUUCAUUCAGCUGCGAAGGCGCAUCGUGCAGAUUCAGCGCGCUUGGCGGUGGCAUCACGCACAAGUUCUUCAGCGCCUUCAGAAAGCAGCCGACACGCUGUUGGGUGAGUUGCGCCGGUACGAGUUACGCGAGGCUCGAAGCACCUACGUAGAGUGGCACACUGUAGCUCGCAUCAAGGCCAUGCUGCGUGAGAUCACACGUCUUGUAACCAAGCUGGUGUGGCGAGAGAACUUCUGCAGUGCGUUCCGGGAUAUUGUGUUCCUGCAACGACGGCGUGCCAUUGUGCCGCCGACCCGUCUUUCACGUUUUCAGCGCCUUCAGCUACUGUCUCGAAAAGUGGAGCCGUUCGUGCUCUUAGCGCAGGUGGUCGUGAGUGUUUUCUUACUCGUUUACAUGGGCUGCAUUCCGCGCACCAGUGUCACGAAGGUGCACAACAAGGUGGACAUCGCCUUUAUUUGUGUGCAAAUCGUUAUCUCGUGCUGUCUGCCGCUGUGCUGGUGGCGCAUCUGGGACUUUGCGGUGGAGGCGACCGCGCUGGUGUGCGCCGCGGCAAGCCACUACGGCGGCGCCAUCGUCAUUACUUUCUUUGUGUUGAAAAUCCCUUUUGUUGCCCGAACUUUCGCGCCGCGUCACUCCGGCACACGCACGUACUGUCGCGCCAUCGAGUACUCUACGGUGUACCUGUUGAUGUUUCUACCUUUCGGCAUCGCCGGCAUCGGUGCUACGGUGCGCGGGACCACCCUCAACCGCCAACUUCUCACCAGUCAAGGUAAUUGGGGCAGUGUGCUGCUCUACCUCUUGAGCACCGUCAGCCCGCAGUACACGGUGAUGCUGUUGCUGACAGCGGGCCUGGCGCAGAACUCGGACUAUGAGUUCUUGAUGCCGUUGCGCCUGCAGGUGAGUGAGUUUAAACUGGCAAACGGCGAAGAGUUACUGCGGUUCCGCAUGCCCCUCGUGCAGCUCGUCUUCUUUCAGGCAGUGCUGCUCCUUUACACGUGGACAGCGGUGGCUGUGGGGAUGCACAACGCCAUCCACCACCAUUACGACCUCAGCGACGAGACGAAGCUCAAGCUCAACAAGAACCGCUUCCGCAACGAGGGAAAGGAGGAGCUCUUCGACGCCCACCGGGCCGCCAACAUUGAGGCGCUGGGGCAGCAGCUGGAUGGUGUCAUGUGGGAGGACGACGUGCGGGCCGCCAAGGAAGCGGUAGACGCGUCGCACUACGACCACAACACCAACUUUACUGUCCACCGCUUCGUCCGCCGCGUCCAGGACACCCUCGGCAACUCCAACAACACCGCACCGAACGGCCAGGGGCGCCUGUAUAUGAAGUCGGUUCAGCGGGUGAACGUGAAGCCGAAGUGGGACUGCCGCAACGAGGACCCGCAGUCGCGUGGCAGCUACGACAUCGAGGUGAUUGAGACGGCCCUCGGCAUGGUGGAGCAGCGCAGCUUUGGGGAGCGAAUUGUGAAGCGGCAGUGGACUGGGGCGCUGCUGCGAAAGGAGAUGAAUCUCGUGAUUUGCGGGAUGCUCGUGAUGGCGUCGGUGAAGCCAAAUUUGUACGCGAUGGAGGCGGCGUUUAGCGCCGUCUUUGCCGUGGAGCUCUUGGCGUCGCUGUACUUUCUCCGAAUCGAAUUCAUCUUCUCUCACUACGUUCGCCUUGUCCUCCGUAUUUUCUGUGUCGUCGUCGGUUUUGUCCCGCAAGCCGUGCCGUUCGUCGCUUUCCGCUGCCUGCGUCUCGUAGAGGGGUGGUCCCUGCUCUUCAGCAUUCCUGGGAUGGUGCGAUGGGCUCUGGUGUAUAUCGUCAUUUCCUUUGUAACCAUUUGGAUGAUCGCGUAUGUGGCGGCGCUGCAGAUGCUGUCGCUGUCGCAGGUGAGCGCGCACCGGUCUAUUUGCAGCAGCAGGGGCGAGUGCUUGGCCGUCUCCAUUCGAGAGCUCGUCCUGCCAGCCUUCACGCCCGAGCACAUCGCCCCCGCAGUGGAGACCCCUGUGAUAGCGAUGCUCGUCUUCUUCACGCAUUUCUGCUUCAUUCCGUUUGUACUGGCCAUCGUCCUGCACCCGCUGCUGCGACUGUCCAACUUCAUCGGUCGUUUUCUCCGUCUGGUGGUGCAGAGUCUCCACAAGGACGUGGUGGACUAUCUGGAGAACUAUCUGGAAGGCGCCUCCUGGUACACACACUGGGGCCUCCGCUCCGACGUGUCUGUCGACAUCAUUGUACGACUGAAAAUGUGGCUCAAUGACCUGCGGCGGCGCCGCAUCACGGUGCUGUGGCUGUCGGCGCAGAACAGUCUCAUCACGAACUUUUGCAUCCCCCAGAAAACUUUUGUGAAGGGGUACGAGGCGGCUCCGGAGGAGGAGGGGAAUACGGUGCUGACGGAGAUCAUCUGCCGCGGCGAGUUUGCCACGUUCGAGGAGAACAGCGCGUUGGACGGGUCAAAGCAGCGCGCGGCGGCGCUGCUCCCUGUGCGGUUUGUCAUCCGGAACGUCUACGUGCACUAUGCAAACGUCGUCCUCACAUUUGCGUCGAUCGCGUUCCUCUGGGUGGCGGACGCCUCGCAGGAGCGGUGGGAUGCGCGGGUGAUCGUCUCCACCGUGAUCCACGUGGUGAGCAUCCUCGUGUCGCUCGCGGUUAUCCCGCGUGACUCGACCGCCGUCAUGACCUUGGUAUCCGCCGCUGCGCUGCUCUCCGCUGUGGUGCUUAUACUGAUCCCCGGCCGACGCUAUCGGGGGCACUACUGCCUCCGCUUCCUGUCGCUGCUGCGCGUCGGUCAGCUCCAGGUUUUCCCUUUCCGUGGAACAAGGCGGCUCGUGAAGAUGUACAUCGACUCUGCGGUGAAGAUUCUCUUUCCCGUUGCGGCGAUUGGCGGCGCGUCGUACAUCGCGGAGCUGCUACGAGCGCAAGUCUUCAUGGUGAAGUUCGAUGCGCGGCCGUGGGAGUGGGUGAACUGGAGCGACACGACCGAAGUCGCUGCGCUGCGCGCUAAUGUGUCCUACGAGGUAUUUUUGGCUGCCAUGCCGCGGCACCACGCGUCGCGGCCCAACGUGCAGCAAACCUCUGACCUUUUCUCAACGUACUUCCACGAGGACGCGUAUAUUUUCUACUCCAUCUUCAGCUUCUGGGUGCUUCCGGCCAUUUGCAUCUCGACCUGCCUGUCCUACCUCUUCUGGGUUGGCGCGAACUUGCGUGACACGAACCUUCUCAUGGUGAACAUGAUCCCUCUAUGGGAGGACCCCAUCACGACGGCCGGCUUCAGUUGGUACCAGUGGGUCUAUCGCUACGUUGGGAACGUGGUACUGCUGGCGAGUCUGGUCUUUGGCUGCGUCUUCAGUCCCACCACCACCGCCACCAGCAACGACCUACACCUCUUCUUCGGUUUUGAGGUCGGCUUCACGCUGUGCGGACUCGCGGAGGCCAUACUGUCAAGCUCGUUCGCGGUGCACCGCUGCGGCCGGUCGAGCGUGAGCUGGAUGACGUGUGAGCAGCACGCCAAGCACUCGCGGGUUCUCUUCGGCGACUGCGUCUUUUUGCUGUGUGAGAUCAUUCAGCUCCUUUACUACUGCAUCGCCAUCGCCCUCUGCACCACACUGCUCGUGGAGCACGACGGCUGCCUCGUCUCCCCUGGCGAGUACGCGACGUACUUCAUCACGCUCCGCUUCGUCUUCUUACUGCGCAUGCUGAGCCGUGAGUUGUUGCUUUCGCUGCUGAGGCGGGUCCUUUCCAUGGGAUUCGGUCUGGCGGGCAUCGUCGUCUUCUUUGUCGGCUCGGCCAGCGCGCUGGCAGAUGCGUACACCGCCGCGACGCAGGUGCCCUUCACCGCCGCCACGUGGCGUGCCGCCUUUGAUACGAUACUCCGCCUCACCUUCACCUCGGCCAUCCCGUCGCACUUCGACAGGCACUGGGUGCCCUUCAACGCGACCGCCGCUGCGCUGGCGAUGCAAAACAACUCCGUGGUGAUUUACGUCGUCGAUCAGAACUUUACCGCGUCGCGAUUGGCCUUCGUGCUGUCCGCCUUCGGGAAGGCCAUCCUCUCUAGCAUCGCCGGCCUCGUCAUCGGCUCCGUCGCCGUGCCGGUGCGGUCGUACUUCCUCCAGCCUUUGCCCGCAAAGAGUUUGUUACUGUACCGCACCCUGUGCGGUGGGCUGCCGGAACUCGUGAAGUUCGGCAUGCACAAUCACGAUGACAUGCGGCCGCAGGCGCGGCGACGCAUCCAGGCGCGCAAGUUUGCCCGCCUGUUCACCCCCCAGGGCAUCCCGUCAUGGGCGCUGCCGCAUCUGCUCGAAGAGCUCGACAUCUGCCGCCCUGUGCGCCAGCGACGCUUUAUGUAUGCGUUGGCGCGGCUGCUGGAGUACCUGCCGACUGCAGAGAAGCGUCACCGCCGCGUCCGUGAGUACAUGCGCAUGUGGGACACUUACCGCAGCGGUGGCCCCGCGCAUCUCCUCUUCUCCGAGCUGCCCGUUUAUCCUCCUGCGGCGAUGGCCAACACGGCGCUCAAUCCGUACGCUGCCGCUACUGCAGCUGUCGCCGGUGCAGCCCACAAAGACGCGCGGACGCCGCGCUACGUGGCGCCGUUGCGCCUUGUCCAGGCUCUCGCCAUCUUUGAGCUCGGCUUCCCCGCGGACUCCUCCGUUGGGUCGAAACUGUGGAUGGACUUCUUUUCUGUGGUGCAGAAGAUGCGCGGGGCUACGCUGCUGCAGUCACUGUGGCGCAUGUACAGAGAGGAGAAGGUAUUCGACGCUGACCCGCUGCGCAACAGGUACGAGCGCGCGUUGAUUGCGUACCUCCGCCGCAGCUUCCGCAAGCAUCGGAUACGCAGUAACAUCCGCUUCCUCAGCUUCGCCACGUUCCAGGAAGCCAUCAAGUACGAGCGCGAGAAUUUCAAUCCCAAUACGGGACACUACGACGUAAUAAAUCGUCUGCGGGGGCACUUUAACAAGCUGCAAGCCUCGAACGAUUUUUGGAAGCAGUGGCGCGCAGAGGAACUCAAGAAGGCGAGUCGAACGCAGCCUUGA